AUGAGUACAACAAUAUUCGAGGCAGCCGCCGAGGGCAACUUGGACUACUUGAAAAAGAACAUCAAGCUUGUGAAUGAUAAAAAUGAACGCGGCUGGACGCCUUUGCAUUUUGCAGCACGUUUUGGACAAUUGGAGGCAGCCAAGUUUCUCAAAGACAGUAAAGCAGACUUGUCUAUUGUGAAUGGAGAGGGUAAAACUGCAGCACAGGUAGCUAGCUUCUGGGGAAACGAUCAAAUUACAAAGCUUUUGACAGUUGUUGCAUCACCUGCUCCUGGGAGCUCAGCACAAGGGCUUGCAGCAGGUUCUCCUUUUCCUGAUAAUUACACUGCGGUCUUUGCCGGAAAUCCUCUCAACAGGUUCGGCUGGAAUCGUGAUAAGCCAGAAUUUCUUGCUAGACUUGCCCGUUCACCAAAGGCAAAAUACAUCAUCUUGAAUAGAUUGAAGGCAUUGUAUGACUCUGAUGGAAAUUUGCAUUAUGUUGGAUAUGAUCAAGUGUCGUCUGUCGUGGAUCGAGUUUAUACCGAGAACGAGUUGGUCCCAAACAACACUGACAUUAUCUUGGUUUUCAUGGGCAUUGAUGAGAGCCAAGGUCAAGGCGAGGAUGGAGAGUUUAUUUGGGCCCUUGACUUGACACCAGAAGGCGUCAACGAGGAGGAAUACAGCAAAUUAGUGAGAGGUUUUGAAGCGCAGGAUCUCGAGUUCUCACCUACUCUUCCACGUGCAUUUGUGAUGGAAAAGUCAGUUAGUGCCAUCAUUGCACAAGCAGCUGCUAUGGUUGAUUGGAAUGCCAGAACCAAAUUCUGUUCAGCCUGUGGCAAACGCACGACUUCUCAAGAAGCUGGUUAUAAACGUAAUUGUCCAGCGCUGGUUGGUCAAGAGAAUGGGGAAAAGUGCAUUAGCCACACCGGCAUCCAAAACUUCGCCUAUCCUAGAACAGAUGCUGUGGUUAUUGUCUGUAUCGUUCAUCCCAAUGGCGACAAGAUUUUAUUGGGUCGCCAAAAGAGAUGGCCCAACAAGAUGUUCUCUUGCAUUUCAGGCUUUGUUGAAGCGGCGGAAACUCUCGAGGAAGCUGUACGCCGUGAGGCAUUUGAAGAAACAGGCGUAAUUGUUGAUCGUGUGGCCUAUCACAGUAGUCAGCCUUGGCCAUUCCCCAACUCGCUCAUGCUUGGAUUUAUUGCUGAAGCUGUGUCUACGGACAUCCAUUUCCGUGAUGAUGAAUUGGAAGCUGCUGAAUGGUUUACUCGCUCGGAGGUGAUUGCAGCCGUAAAGGGUGAUAAGAGCUCUACAUUUUCCAUGGCACCCAAGGGAUCACUUGCAUCUACGCUGGUACAUGCUUGGAUCAAUGACAAGAAGUGGCAGCAGCCUACGCCAACCACUAAUGCAAAGAUGUAA